GACAAUUAGGUGUUGACUCUACUGCGCAGAAAGCUGCACCUGACAGGAUAUUACACAAAUAGAACAACAUCCUGUUUUCUAUGGUAUCCUGGUAGACAUAUUUAUAAGGACGUAUACGUGAACUUCUGACGAUCAAUCGGAGACAGAACUCACCAACAGUCUAAAAAGACGCCAUGUUCCCGGCAAUACUUGUCAUUGUUUUAUCUCUUCUGAAAGCUUCUAGCUGUGCCCCAAGCGCUCCGGUCAGUGGGAAUGACCCAGGUGGUCAUCGCUGUUACUCCUGUGCAAGUGUGGACAAACCGUAUCUAUGUAACGUGACCACACAGUGCAGACCUAAUGAGCAAUGUUACACAGAUGAAUAUUCAAUAAAUCAGGGAUUGAGUUAUUUCAGCGUCGGCUGUCGAAGAGUUUCAGAAUGUCAUGCUGCACUCGUCGGGAGAUCAGACCCCAGUAGGCGUGACGUGAAGCGACUCAAGUGUGUGGAGUGUUGCCAUGGCAACCUUUGUAACGCCGGCGGCUGCAGUGCAGGGCUUGGCAAGGGCAACGUGUGCUACAGCUGUUCAUUUAUAAAUGACCCACGACGUUGCGAGCAUGUGACCAGAUGCCAGGCUGAUGAGAACUGUUACAUUGAGAAGAUGUUUACUGAAGACUUUAAUAUCAAGUAUAAUCUUGGGUGUGUUGGAAACGGGGAAUGUGAAACUCUUCGUCAAUUAGGACAGCCUGUAGGAAAGCGAGACAAAGCGAUCUCCACCAUGUGUGCUACCUGUUGUUAUGGAGAUAAAUGCAACGAUGUUUGUUUCGUCCAAGGUAUCACAACUUCAAGUCCUCCAAUGACUGAAGAUACAACUGUGGUUCAUACAACCAGUGGGAUGCCAUAUACAAGUCCUUCAAUGAUUGGCAAGGGCAACGUGUGCUACAGCUGUUCAUUUAUAAAUGACCCACGACGUUGCGAACAAGUGACCAGAUGCCAGGCUGAUGAGAACUGUUACAUUGAAAAGAUGUUUACUGAAGACUUUAAUAUCAAGUAUAAUCUUGGGUGUGUUGGAAACGGGGAAUGUGAAACUCUUCGCCAAUUUGGACCGCCUGUGGGAAAGCGAGACAAAGCGAUCUCCACCAUGUGUGCUACCUGUUGUUAUGGAGAUAAAUGCAACGAUGUAUGUUUCGUCCAAGGCAGGGGUAUCACAAGUGGUCAACCAAGCACAUCCAAGAAUCUCUCAACCACCCAGACUUCAUAUGUAACUUCAACUCCUCCAAUGCGCAUAGAUACAGCUGUGGUUGAUACAUCAUACGCCAGUCCUUCAAUGGGUAUAGAUACAGCUGUGGUUGAUAUACCAUACGCAAGUCCAUCAAUGCGAAUAGAUACAAUAGUGGUUGAUACAUCAUAUGUAAGUCCUUCAAUGAGCAUAGAUACAACUGUCGUUGAUACAACAAUUGACGCAUCAUCUACAAGCCCUUUAAUGAGAACAGAUACAACUGUCGUUGAUACAUCAUACGCAAGUGCUUCAAUGAAUAUGGCUACAACUGUCGUUGAUGCAACAAAUGAGGCACACUCCAGUCCCAAUCCUAAAUCCACUGUUUACGCAUUAAGUACCAUGGGACAUACAGCAACAGUAUCUCCAUCGACAAGCACCACACCAUCAAAGUCGACCCAUGGCACUUCCCCUGGAAAUGCACCAUUGUCGAUUGUGUGUCAGGCAGACUGUGAUGGAGGAGCGGAAUGCACUUUUUUAGCAACGUCCCAAAGAUGCAGCAGCCAAGCCCCUUACUGUUUCACACAAAUAGAUAAUGAUGAUUUAGGAAACUAUGAUAUCAGAAAGGGGUGUGCAGAUAGAAACACUUGCAAUACCAAGUGGUGGAAACAAACAUCUGAUGAAGAUCUAUGCGUUAACUUCAAACCGGGGAUUAUGAGCACAUUCACCUGCUCCUACUGUUGUACAUCAGACCGGUGUAACUUCAAGAACGUCAUUCCAACUGUGUCACUUUUUAAGGGGACUGAUUAGUUAUAAUCGGAAACAAUGUUUAAAAUACCUGUGUGUAAGGUUACCAAAUAAACGAGAAUGAAUAAAUUGAA